AGAAGCAAUCAAAGCAAAAAAAGUUCUUCAACGAUGUCUUAUGAACAUGAUCUUAAUCACCUACUAAUCGCUAUUGUUGUCAGUAUUGUCAUCCUUCCGUUCCUUGCCAAGGCAACUGAUCAUCAAGUCGGAGGAGAUUACGGUUGGGGUUUGGACGGAAACUACAAAGUGUGGGCUCAAAGCCAAGAAUUUUAUGUCGGUGACACACUUGUCUUCAAAUACCGGAUGGGUGAUCACAAUGUGAUGAAAGUGAAUGAGAGUGACUAUGAAACAUGUACGGCGCCACCGGGCGCCGCCGCCUUGUUCUCCGGUGAUGAUGUGGUGGAGCUCACAACUCCGGGGAACAAACUGGUACAUCUGCGGGAUGCCGGGCCACUGCACCGCCGCCAACCAGAAGCUUGCCAUUACUGUGCUUCCAAGCUCACCACCAUCUUCCUUUCAAGCUCCUCCACCAAAUUAUUCUUCCUUUUCUUGCAUUCCAAUGUAUAGUAAUUUUCAUAUUGUUCUUGUAUUUGCCACAUUGGUUAUGUUGAUUGUGUAGUAAUUAAAUAGUAAUACUCUU